CGGACAGAGAGACAGACAGGGGCGUGGAUGCCGAGUCAACUGCAACAAGUAAAACACCCUGCGCUCAGAUCCCAUCUGGAGCAAGUGACAGCAGCGUCAAAGCGCCAGCAGAACUUCCACUCAACUCAAAGCGUUGAGGUGAAUUAGCUCUCACUGCGGGACGUUUGAGCACCUGUGAACCAUGGAAGAAGAGGCGUCCCACACCGAGCCCAGCAGCGUCUCUGGCAGCACCCAGGCCCUGCAGCAGCAGCAGCAGCAGCCAGAAAGCACGACCGAGCUCCUCAUUCCGAGCUUCAGCCCGUCUUCCGCGCCGUCCUCCCCGACCCCGACCGGCACCCUCUCCCGGCUGGGCUUGAAAAGCCCCACCAGCCCGACCGCGCCCGCGCCGGGCAGCCCUGUCGACCGCGGCCAGGUGAGCGCCAUCACCGUGGUGGCGCUGCUGGACAAGCUGGUCAACAUGCUGGAGUCUGUGCAGGACAACCAGCAGCGGAUGGAGCAGCGGCAGGCCGACCUUGAGGGCGCCGUGCGGGUCGUGCAGGGGGACGUGACCCGCCUGUCCAAGACGCACAUCAGCACCUCCAACAGCGUCAGCAAGCUGCUCGAGCGCUCCCGCAAAGUCAGCGGGCACCUGAAGGAAGUGAGGGAGCGCCUGGACAAACAGGCGGUGCAAGUGAAGAAGCUGGAGGCAAACCACAGCCACCUGCUGAAGAGGAACCACUUUAAAGUGCUCAUCUUCCAGGAAGACAAUGAGAUCCCAUCCAGCGUGUUUGUCAAGGACUCCGUCAAGACCCCACAACCAAGCCAGUAUGAUGCAGAAUCCACCUUGCCUACUCCAUCUGUUGCAGGUUCUAUUGAUUGCAGCCCUGCCCAAGAGGAGGGGCUUCAGACCAUCAGCCUGUCCUCCGAGGACGAGAGUUGUCUUGCAGAACUCCCAGAAGGGGAAGAGAUGCUGAUGGGUGAGGAGGCAGUGGGUUUGGGCACUUCCCGCCAAUUUGAGAGAAGGGCUGAUAAGUUCAAGCGUUCCAGCUUGAAGAAAGUUGAUAGCCUCAAGAAAGCCUUCUCGCGCCAGAGCAUCGAGAAGAAGAUGACCCAGAUUACCACCAAGAUUGUGCCACCAGAGAAGCGUGAGAAAAUCAAGAAGAGCCUCACACCUAACCACCCCAAGAGCCCGACUGCCAAGAGCUCCUCUUUCAAGGUGUCUCCUAUGACCUUCAACGUCAAGAAGGUCAGAGACGGUGAGGUUCCCACACAGGAUACGAGCUCUCCGGGAGAAGAAGCCCAUGUGGAGAUUCCUCCUCUGGGAAGCCUAGAUGGAGAGACUCCCUUGGCAGAGGUGCAUACUGAGGAAGGUGUUUUUGAGGAGAUUCAGGAGCAGCUGAGUCCCUCCACCCCAGAGAGCUUGAAGGGAGAGCUGGCGAUCAAUGGAGAGGCACCAGCUAUUGAGUGCGAGAUAAAUGGUGAUCGUUGUGCUGGCCUGGCGGUUCCAGAGAAUGAUGAAGAUGUUGGCGAGGAAGAAGAAGAGGAAGAAGAGGAAGAACAAGAGAAACACAAAAGUCCUGUUGAUACAACAGCAGAUACCCAGAUUACCACAGCUACAAUUUCUGUAGAGCAAGUGUCUUAAUGUGAUUUGAUUUUAGCAAGCAUCGGUUUUAGUUGCCCAUUUUUUUCUUUUCUUCCUAAAGUUUUUACAUUUAUGAAAGCCAGGCAGGCUCAAAUUAUCCCCCCAUUGUAAACAGUCUUGUGUUCUUGCGAUGAACACUGAUAUCCAUCAGAAACAGACUCUCUACUUCCUGUGGUAGUGCAUCCUUGGACCAUUCCUAUAACACUACCUUUGAUUAUCACCAGCAUAGUCCACUUUGACACAAACUGCCUUAGCAAUUACACAACACAAUGUCAGAAUCAGACUCCAGCACACGUGUUUCCCUACACCCUGUAGCAGGGUUGUUCCAAGAAAGCAACAUUGCAGCAGUGCACCAUAACUCACUCCUAUCAACUGGUGCUCACCUCUUCAGUAGCUGCACAUCUCCAGGGCGCUGGGCCAACCAUCUCCCUCUUGCUGUGUUUGUUUCCCUCUGGAGCUCUGUUCCACACUGACAGAUAGCCUCUUUGUUCUUUGCGUUUUUUGUGAAAAAUAGUAAAUCUUUGGCGAAAGUGGUACUGCCCACAGCCUGUUGAGGCAGUAUGUUGCCAGGUUCUGUAAGAGUUGGAAUGGGGAGUGUCUGAGUUUUCAGUGAAAAGGUCCUGGAGUGUUUUGUAGUGAACUAGAGGUUGUUUACUGAAUUCUUUCUUCUUCCUCUUCUUCACUUUGGACCUGUGCUGAAGCACAGAGCUUAACUAACAGUUGACUAUACUUCAGUAGGAUGAGUGGGACUGCCUUAUCUCCUGUCCCUCAGGACUUCCAGCAUGACACUUCUGUCUUUAGUGUUUAUGAACUAGAACUCCAUAUGAGCUUCAUCUGGUACAUCAAAAUAUUUUUGGAAUUUAUGUGCCAGCUGAGCAAGUAAGAAUAAACCUCCAGAUGCUGAAAGUUGGAAUAGAUUUGAAUUGAAACAGUCUAAAUGUUUUUAAGAAUUACACUAAUCUGUAGUCUUAAGAAUUGUAAAAGAUAAAAUUAUUCGCAAAUAUCAUUUAGCAUGUUUGUGCUCAAUGACAAUGAUGCAAAUGAAGGACAUCAUUGCAGGAUAAAGGAUCCUCUAGGUGGCUUGAAAAAUACUUUAGUGAAACAAAGAACCAGACAGGUUUUUACACUGACAUACUAAGCCCUUUGUCUUUUCUGCAAGGCAACUUUGUAUGUCUGUGUAGAGAUUAUUUUGUGUUUUUGAGAGGCACACUACUCUAGGUAUUUACACCUUACACACCAUAAAUUUGUUCUUUAUGAUAACUGUCUUGUGUGUGUAUACUUUAUACAGUGAAUGCAUCUGUGAAUUUGUUUCUGAGUGAUACUUGGAUUUCUGUAAGCAGUUGUUCUUUCAGGAAUCAGCAACUUGCAUGGUGAAACGUUUACUCACAUAUUUAAGACUUAAACCCUAUCUUAAACAUUUGCUGGGGCUAUAUCACUAAAUCCUCUCUUCCUCCUAGAUGUAUGCACACACAUACUCCUACAUUACCUUUACCUUGCACAAUCUGGUAUGAGUAAAUGUACUCCUGAGGCGAUGGAUUCCUAUGUUUUUGUAGAUAUGAGUGAACAUAAAACAAGCCUUACUUUUUUUCUCUCUUCUGAGGAAUUCCUUGCAGUUAUCACUUUAUGCGGCAUAGUCAAGGCUUGAUGCCAACUACAUAAACAACUACAACUACCAAGUAUGUUCUAUUAAGUGACCUUCUUCUUGUUAGAUAGAUAGAUAGAUAGAUAGAUACUUUAUUGAUCCCGAGGGAAAUUGCACAUUGUUAGUGCUUUACCAGCCUGGAUUACAGAUCUAAUGCCAUGACUGCCCAAAAAUAAUUUAGCAAGUGAUACCAGGUGCCAAGGAUCUCGAUGCUAGAGAGGUCAGAGGAGUGGAUAAAGGCAGAGGACAGCGUUCCUAGCUUUGAUGGAUGACUCCUGCUCAGCCCAUUUUUCAUGCUCUUUGCCUCCUUGUUGAGGCAGUGCAAGGAGAUGAAGAGGCAUUCUGGAGCCACAGGUGUUCUCCCCUGGUGGAGGCUUCUGGGCAUGAGGUUAUAGUGCAAGGUAUGACAAGUGUGGGUGUUGGGAAAUGUGGUAAAGGACUUCAGGUGUUGGAAAGGAUGGUGAAGUUGCCUUGGAGUGAGCCAUACAACACAGCUUGGCAAGAAGUGUCAAAAUUGUUCUGUUCCUAUGCAUUAGAACGAAGAACUGAAAUAUUAUGUCUGACCUACACCCAACUAUACAGAUUAUUCUUCCUCGAGAUAAGACAGAGCAAUGGAUUCUUCAGGUCAAAAUAUUGUGCCCCAAAUAUUUUGAAGUCUUAACUAUGCAAGAAAAUCACUAUCAAUUCUUAACUAAGGCCUGGUAUACAUAGGAGAAAUGAAAUGGCAGAAUUAUUUUCAAUCGUAGUUGACUUAAGGCCUUUAAAAUGCUUGGUGCCUUUAAAUAAGGGAUCUUUAAGUAAAAUAAUUCAGCAUGAAUGAUUUUAAAUAACUUGUUACCUGUGUUUAUUGAAUGUGCUUAGUCACUCUGAGGUUUUGUUCGUUUUAAUUCUUCUUUGUAUAAAUCAUCUUACUGAAAAGGGAUCGAACACUAGGUUUAUGAGUACUACAUUCUGUUUACUGUAGAGGUUAAAAUGUGACUGGCUUUUAGGGAUUUUCUGCUUAUUCAUGCAAAUGCAUUAUAUUGGUGAUAUCAUUGUCUGCUAACGUUAAACAUGACAUAUUUAGAUUUGUGUAUGUGUGUGAAAUUCUGUUUUUAUUUGCCUUGAAAUCAGACUGUUUAAACUGGAUCAUAUAUGAGAACUUUUUUUGUUGGAAAGUUCAAACACCAGAUAAUCUGCAGCAUUGUCAGGUAGUGAUAUUGUCUUUAACAUCAUCUUUGUUCAUACAAAGCUCUUACUUUCCUUCAAACCAAAGAAAUUUCCUUCACAGCAGAAGAUUCCCUGCCACUAAAGUGUUAAAACGGACUCCCCCCUGACAGUUGUUUCGAGCAUAUUGUAAACAUGCAGACAUUUCUUUUCAAAAUGUAGUAUAUUGUAUACGUCAAUAAAGAUUUUGUAACAUUAAA